AUGGGUCGCGUUCGCACCAAGACUGUCAAGAAGUCCGCCAAGGUCAUCAUUGAGCGUUACUACCCCAAGCUCACCCUGGACUUCGAGACCAACAAGCGUAUCUGUGAUGAGAUCGCUAUCAUUGCUUCCAAGCGCCUCCGCAACAAGAUUGCCGGCUACACUACCCACUUGAUGAAGCGAAUUCAGCGUGGACCCGUCCGCGGUAUCUCCUUCAAGCUUCAGGAGGAGGAGCGUGAGCGCAAGGAUCAGUACGUUCCUGAGGUCUCUGCUCUGGACUUCACCCAGAACUCCGAGAGCGGCCAGCUCGACGUCGAUGGCGAGACCAAGGAUCUCCUCAAGCACCUUGGCUUCGAGUCUAUCCCCGUCAACGUCAUCCCCGUCACUCAGCAGCAGGUUCCCGAGCGUGGUGGACGACGAUACGGCGACCGCCCUCGCCGCGACUAA